GUCUCCACCUCGUUUUCUUUACCAGUCACACACAGACUUUCACUCAUCUGGCUUCAUAUUGCACUGAUAUUGACUUCUUGUUUACACCGGCAAAGGGCGUCCACGUGAACGAAAUCAGUCAUGGAGGAACCACAGCGGAUUGAUCUGACCUACGUCACUGAACGCAUCAUCACCAUAUUCUGCCCUCCUGAAUAUCCAGAUGAGCUCUACCUGCAAAGCCUGCAGGAGAUUAUUCUCAUGCUGCAGUCCAAACAUGGACACAACUACAUGCUCAUCAACCUCUCACAGAAGAAUGACAGUCUCACUCAAAUGAACCACAAGGUUGUGGACACAGGCUGGGUGGAUCUCCUGGCUCCCAACCUGGAUCAGAUCUUCAGUGUGUGCACAAUGAUAGAGAACUGGCUGAAAACACAUCCGAAGCAUGUCCUGGUGUUACACUGCAGGGGAGGUAAAGGCCGGCUUGGAGUUCUGCUGGCUUCUUAUAUCCACUUCAUUAACAUGUCAUCCAGUGCAGGCCUUUCUCUUGACCACUUCGCCAUGAGGAGGUUCUACAGUGACAAACUUUCCGCUCUGAUGACCCCCUCGCAAAAACGGUAUGUGUGGAUGCUGGGGAGCAUAUUAAAGGGAGGGCUGAGGAUGUGCCCCUCUCCGUCUUUCCUCCUCUGUGUUGUUCUUCACGGCCUUCCCAAAAUAAGACCAGAUGGAGCAUGCUGUCUCUUCCUGAGAAUCUACCAGAGUCUACAGGCUGUUUGCACAUCAGCAGUCUACCACGUUAACGCAGCCCAGACAGACCAGCUCUACUUUGUGCUCCAGCCCGCUCAGCUACUCAAAGGGGACAUCAUGGUGGUUUGUUAUGACAAAGAUAACCGGUCAGUCAGCCGCCAGGUUGUCUUCCGUCUCCAGUUUCAUACAGGCCUUGUACACGGACACACCCUCAGUUUCUCCAAGGCGGACCUCGACUGUGCCAGUGAAGAUCCCCGGUUCCCAGAAGAUGGAAAAGUGGAGCUGUUCCUUUCUGACAGCCCUGAAAAGAUUACAGGCAGAGAGCUUUGGAACAACGGACGCUGUGUUAUGGUGGACUAUGACACCUUGGAACCUUUGGUUAGACGAGAUUCAUUUCAAGGCACGUCUUCGCUUGAUACAGUUCCACCUCAUAUCCUGGACCCUGGAACUGAUAGUUUGUGUGCCAGAGUGAGGAAGAGGAGUAGUGAGGAAGGAUCUUCAUUCCCCCUGGCCACCAUCAGCCCCAGCUGCAGUGACCGAGCUCCAUCUGCCAGCAGUGAUUCAGGCCUGUCUGUUGCCUCUCAGGGGCAAACCGGAGCCAGACAGAGGAGAGAGGCUGCACAGGACACGUGCUCCCAGGCAGGGAAGCUAGUCUCUGGAGUGGAUUUUGAGAUUGCUCAGCCUCUUCUGGAGGCCAUGACUGAGUUUGCUGCCAGUGGAGGGGAGGGGGAGAUGACUGGAGAUGAGUCUGGAUUGGGAAACACUACCAAUGGAGAGGCGUCGUCAAGCGAGAGGGAAACUGAUAUAUUAGAUGACGAGGAUGAAGUAGAUGGUAAAGCAGCUCCUGCUUUAGACUUGCCAAGUUCAAGCAGAAUGUACCCCCUCUCCUCCGAGAACCUGCCUGUAACUCAAACUGAGUACUCCACACACUCCUGGGUUCGGCAGCAGAUGGUUGAUGUUGUGACUAAUACCUACUGUGAAGUUGACAGGGAAGAGAGGUUGAGCUGGUUGAGAAAAAAGAGGCCGCCACCUCUGGUUGCUCCUGACACACCAUCUCGAGGAAUCAGCAGCAGGGAGGCAGUGCAGAGAGGGCUGGCGGACGAGGACUCCACACACAGCGUCACACAAAACACAGAUGUCACACACAACAUACAGUCUGUCAGCGCUACGCACAAUUUGUCUUGCCAGGAAGAGGAGCUGGAGGCAUUAAACACAGACAUUGACGAAUCUAUAGAGCAGCUGAACCAGCUGAUUUUAGAUUUGGACCCCACCUUUGUUCCGGUUCCAACCCGCUGUACCCCCCUGUCCCGCUGUGCCUCCCUUCACACCAACGGCCUCAGCCACAAGGGAAAUACCCACCAGUUAGGAUGGAGGCAACAGAAGCAGGUCAGAGUGACAGACUAUGCUGGUCUCCAUAGUCCAGGAUGGAGAGCGGCUGGUGCUCAGAGUUUCAGAGGCUCUCCAGUGUACAGUCCCUCAAUCUCACCAUCUCAGCAUGAGCAUCUCUACAAAACCAACAGUGUAGACUACCGGGGACACACCGAUAGCGUCCCCCCUACCCCGGCCUUUCCAGUGUCUCCUCCAACACCUUACGUGAAACAUUUCUCAGAGUCUUCCCAGCUUAGGGCUGCCCGGCAGUGGGACCAACACAGCUGGACACAAGAUUCCCGGAGUUUCCUGGACGGUAUGAACCACGCCGGCGGCUCCUCAGAGGGAGUGUCGGUCACGUCUGCUUCCUGUCAGAGGAUCUUUGGUUCCAUGUGCUCGGUGUCAUCAGACAGCCCCAUCCCACACACAGACAGCUCCACGCCUCCACCUGUGUGGCACGACCGGACUCCAAACUCCCUGAACUCCCCGUACUCCCCGUAUCCCCCCCAACCCUCACCUCCUCUCUCCCUCAGCACUCCCAAUGCCCACAGCUCUCCCCGGGGGGCUCUGAGAGGCAUGAGUGGAGGUCUUGGGGCCCGCAGUGAUACAGACAGCACAGACUUGUCUUCGUUGUUGUUAGGGAACGGGGGCCUGGAGCACAGCCUGCUGGAGGCCAUGGAUGGCCUCGGGAGUCUGAACCUUGUGGGAGACGGGGGCCUCCCUCCAAUGCUGCCUGACAAAAAGAGAGUGGGUGAGAGUGGAGAGCUUGGUUCCCGCUCCCCUUCUCUAAGUGGAUUUUCCAGCCCUCACAGUGGCAGCAGUCUCAGCAUCCCAUUCUCAUCCCCCAUGACCCCUGACCCCCUUAGAGGACUCAGCGGGGCCCAGUCGCCUGGAGCAGACUUUAGCAGUAAGCAGGACACUGUGAAGUUUGUUCAGGACACCUCCAAGUUCUGGUACAAGCCUGACAUUUCCAGAGACCAAGCCAUCAUAAUGCUAAAGGACAAAGAGCCGGGCUCAUUCAUUGUCAGAGACAGUCAUUCAUUUCGUGGGGCAUAUGGAUUGGCCAUGAAGGUGGCCACACCCCCUCCGUCUGUGUUACAACAGAGUAAGAAAGGGGACCUGUCCAGUGAGCUGGUGAGACACUUCCUGAUAGAGUGCACACAGAAAGGAGUUCGUCUUAAAGGGUGCCCCAACGAGCCGUAUUUUGGAAGUCUCACAGCUCUGGUGUGUCAGCACUCCAUCACCCCUCUGGCUCUGCCCUGUAAACUCAUCCUGCCUGACAAAGACCCAGUGGAGGAGCUGAAUGACUCGCCUGCACAGACAGCAACAAACUCUGCAGCUGAGCUCCUCAAACAGGGAGCAGCAUGUAACGUGUGGUACCUGGGCUCUGUGGAGCUGGAGUCUCUGACGGGACAGCAGGCGGUUCAGAAGGCGACCACCCUUACGCUCUCCAAGGACCCUCCGCCAGCAUCCACUGUCGUCCAUUUUAAAGUGUCGGCACAGGGGAUCACGCUCACUGACAACCAAAGGAAGUUGUUCUUCAGGAGACACUACGCUGUCAACACCGUCAUCUUCUGUUCUCUCGACCCACAGGGCCGGAAAUGGACAAGAGGCAGUGGUUCUACUGCAAAGAUCUUUGGAUUUGUAGCCAGGAAAUCUCAGAGUGAGACUGAAAAUCUGUGCCAUCUGUUUGCCGAACACGACCCUGAGCAGCCGGCGAGCGCUAUUGUCAACUUCGUCUCAAAAGUCAUGAUCGGGUCACACAAAAAGUAAGGAAAAAGAAACUCACUGCAGAGUGAAGAACCUGGACUGGGAAUCAACUUCCAACAAAAAAUAUGAACCUGCACACUCCAGCACCUGGUGCUGUUGAUCCAUCCUGCGGAAUAAACUUUUGUACUGACUGCACUGCAGGAUGUCGCCACCAGAGGUUGUAUAUAAGUAUAAAGAAAAACUCACCAGCAGGAGGCUGUGACUACUUUUAAGAGCAUUUGUGUAAAGUUGUGUAAAAUCAGAGACACUUUUUCUCCAGAGGUUUUCGCAUGAGAAUCAGAGAUUUUGUCACAUUUUGACUACCUUCUCUGACCUGCAUCUUCAGGCUUGCUAUGUAUGUACUAUAUUACACUGAAUUUUGUUGGGGCUGGCAGUCACAGCUGACAGAUAUAACAUAUUUAUAUUUUGCACGUAAACACAUAUUUUUAAGUAUGACUAUAAUUCCCUGUAAAUCAGAUCAACAUCACUUCUGUGCAAACCACAGGCCAAUUUAACAAAACCAAUCAUACUGUCUCAUGACAAAGCCAGUAAUGUGGUUGCCUUGUCCUUAAGGUGGAUAUAUUGUGUUGUGUUUAUAGUAUUUAUCCCUUUUUUUACAGAUGUGUAAAAGUCUUUCUUUUUCCUAAAUAUACUUGUCAAAUAGUUUUGUAUAUUAACACAUACUGUACAUUAGGAUUAAAGGCAGUGUACCUCAGUAUGUAUACAAUUAUGUCACAUAUUGUUGAGGGAAGAAUAUGAUAUAGUAUUUUUACACAGUAGGAUACUGCAGCACAUAAGCUGCCCCCUUGUAUAUUUGUUGUAUUACUAAUAUAAAUGCUAAUAUGUUCCUUUUACAGUAACACAGUAAUACGGAUUUAUGUAUAGUUAUUGUGCCAUGAAAAAGUCAUUUUGAUUUUCCCUAAUAAGAGAUGAAAUACAGUCACUAUGAUAAAUGUCAAACUUUUAUUUCAUUACAGUAUUUUUUUCCAUUCACAGCUUCCUCUAGUCAUCAAAGUAAUCUUGUGCUGAUUUGUAAAUGAUCGUUGAUCAGUUGCCAAGGAACAUCUCUAAUUCCAUCAUCUUAUUAAAGCUUUGGUGCACCAAUCCCAUAAA